UCUCACUGUAGGUUACUGUUGCCAGAUUUUUGCAUCACUGGUGCAGUACAAUAGCAGGGGCACUGGAUCACCCUUACAUGGGAACUCUGGCUUUUCACUACACUCUUGAAGUGAUGCCAUUGGGGCCAGAAUCCUUUUUACUCUUUGCAUAACGUAAUUCCAGGGCAACUUUUCCCUCUACUCUUCAUGAGUAAUAUUUCCUUCUUGGUGCAGUGUGUGGAAUGGUGUCUACAGCAUUAAUACUUCUCUUCUGCAAUGCAGUGUUUUAAUCAGGAGUUGGAACUGAGGUGGGACAGAGGCAGUAUCUGCUGUUCUCCCCUCUUUUCCACCCUCUGCCUUAGUAUCCCUCAGAGAUGGGCUUUGCUGCUGCUCAGGACAUGUCCUGUCUGGGACCAAAAGUUCAGUCAAAGCCAGGGUGAGAGAAAGUAACAAAGCACUGAGUUUGCUGACUCUCUCAUCUAGUGAUCAAUAGUGACUUUUAUCAGGGACCUGCAUCUCUAAUUUCUCUGAUACUGAAUGCAGUCUGUGAGCCUGAGGCAGGCUGUCUGCAUUUCCUCUAUUUAAGAUCCUUCCAAGUGCCUCUGACCAUAUAAAGUUAAGUGAACCUGUGUCUGGUGAUGUGAUCUAGCCUACACUAUGUCCCAAGUUUCUGAUCCCUGGGGAUGAGAGAGGAGCAUGUGUCUGCACUGUGUCACUUCUGAAUAGCUGUAUUGGGAAGGGCUGACAUCCAGCAAUUACAGCUUCAAAAUCGAUACACGGAGGACGGCACAGGUUAAAACAGGAGCAGAUGCCUCAGCAUCUGUAGCACACAUGCCAUACAGCAUGCAUGUGUCUGUACUGGUUAUAUGAUGCACCAAAAACCCAAAUGCUUUAGCAGCUAUGAUUCUUCCACAAAUCCUAAUCCUGGAGGGGAGGCAGGACGCAGGAAGGACCAAUAUGAUGCUAAUGUGCUUUCCUGUGGAUGUUACAAAAUACAGGGGUUCUUUCAGAGGACUUUGUAUCUAUGCAAGGAGGAAGGGUUUCAAGGGAGGAAUAAUGACGAAGGAACCAGAUUAAAAAGCUUAUUGUGGGAGUACUAAACAGGAGAUGAAUGUAGACUCACCCGAGCUGUGUGACGUAUUUCUCUGUGUUGUGGCCAAGAAGGAGCUGGCACCUAAGAGACAGAGCAGAGACUGUGCUUGCCACAUCUCCACGAUGCAGCAAGGCAUGGAGGCAAACAGAAUUUUGUGUUCUAACUUUGGUCAGCAAUGGCUCUUUAAGGCUGAGCAAGGCAUGCAGCAUGGACACUGCCCAGUCCAAACCCAGCAGCCACGUGAACUCUCCCCAGGACAAAUGAGAAGAACCUGUCUCCAAGUGCAAGAUUUUGGGAAUAUGUGUCAGAGAUGCCUGACAGUAAAACAUCCGUCUUGCCCUAAUUUCUACGUGAAGUGCUGCAAUGUCGAGUGAAAUAACCUUCCAGGCUGGCUCUGGUGCAGAGGUAUUUUGGCUUAUGUUAUUGCUGAGAGCUUUCUUUCUGAUGAGCUCUUUCUGCCUCUCUGUGCUUCUGAUGUCUGACUCUCUUCACUCUUUUUUUCCCUUGGGCUGGGAUGUGUGCUGUUUGUAAUGCAUCAGGAAGUAAUACGCAAUGAGGAAACUCUCAUCAUCUGUGCAUCAGGGAGAGAAUUACUGACUGAGUGCUGAGCAGUCAAGUUAUUGAUUCAAACCAAAGCCCAGUCUCUCUGUCUGCUGGGCUGGUUACGUCCUUCUGGUUCAUUGCGUUUAAUCGGAUUCCCUCAGCUGCCACACAGAAGGGGAGAGUUAGAAGCAGAUCCAUCUAUAAUGUUCUCUUCAAAAUCCAGUUCGGUAUCCCCUUCUCCAUCCAUGGAACAGGCUGAUUCAGAUGCUCUGGACAUCAGCACCAAAGUGCAGCUGUAUGGCGUGCUCUGGAAGAGACCCUUCGGGAGGCAGUCGGCCAAAUGGUCCAGGAGAUUCUUCAUAAUUAAGGAAAGUUUUCUGCUUUACUAUGCUGAGAGUGAGAAGAAGAGUUUUGAAAGCAAUAAAUACUUCAAUAUCCACCCCAAGGGCGUCAUACCCCUGGGAGGCUGCAUCGUGGAGCCCAAAGAAGAGGCCAACAUGCCUUAUGCCAUAAAAAUCUCUCAUGAAGACUUCCAUGGUAACAUUGUUCUAGCAGCUGAAUCAGAGUUUGAGCAGGCUCAGUGGCUGGAGAUGCUACAGGAGUCUGGAAAAGUGACUUGGAAGAAUGCCCAGCUGGGAGAGGCUAUGAUUGAGAGCCUGGAAGCCCAAGGACUGCAGCUGGCCAAGGAGAAACAGGAGUAUUUAGAUAAGCUAAUGGAGGAAACAGAAGAGCUAUGUCUGCAAAGGGAGCAAAAAGAGGAACUCGAGCGUCUGAACCAGAUCCUGGAAGCAGAGAAGCAGCAGUUUGAAGAGGUGGUGCGGGAGCUGCGGCUGGAGCAGGAAGAGAUCAGACGGGAGCUGGAGCUCACAGCCCGAUCCCUUAAAGGAGUGGAGGAAGAAAAGAAAGAGUUGCGAAGCCUGACACAGUCCUUACAGAACACCCUAGAGGAGCUCUCCCUGGAAAAGCAGCAAAUGCUGGAGAUGCUGGAAGAAAAUGAGAGCCAGGUCCCACCUCCAACGAGCCCCAACAAAGAGCAAAGCCCCAUCUGGGGACUGCACUGCAGCCUGCGACAGAUUGAAGAGAAGAUGCAGCAACUUCUGCAGGAGAAACUCCUGGCAGAGAAGAGGAUGAAGGAGAAUGAGGAGCGGUCCCGAGCACUGGAGGAGGAGCGGGAAUUUUACUCUUCCCAGUCGCAAGCACUGCAGAACUCACUCUCGGAACUGACUGCAGAGAAACAGCAGGCAGAGAGGGACCUCAAGGCUGAGGUGAAGGUACGCAUGGAUCUGGAGAAGAGACUCAGAGAAGCUGAGGAAGCAUUGCAGAGCUUGGAGCAAGGCUUAAAUUCUCUGCAUUGCAACAAGGAGAAAGAGGAAAAGAUGAAAGCAGAUGUCAGUAACUUGAGAAAGUUCUUUGAAGAGUGCAUCCGCAAUGCCGAGCUGGAGGCCAAGAUGCCUGUGAUCAUGAAGAACUCCGUGUACAUCCACAAGGCUGCCACUCGCCGCAUAAAGAGCUGCCGCUUCCGCUGCCGGAGAACCAGUACUUCAUGGAAUGACAUGAAGCAGUCCCAGUCCUUUGUCUUCUCCCAUGCAGAAGCUGAAAACAUUGAGGAGCUGAAAGAAGCAGCCAAAAGACUGAGCCGGGACCAGCGCUUCAGGAAAACUAUCUAUCAAAUCAUGAGGUCACAAAAGGAUUCUGCUUCAGGGGACAAAAAGUGACUCUUCUUGGAAGGGGGCUUCUGAGCUCAACUUGCCAUUCAGCUCCGCAAACGUUAUGCCCUUGGGCACUAGGGUCAGAAGGGAGAUUUGCCCUUUGGUGGGGAAAGUGGGGUAAGGUUGUGUGUAGGCAAUCCCCUCAGUUAGUGGCUUUGCUUUAGUUUGAAUGCUCCUUGUAGCCUGGCAGACCUUCUCUGCUGAUCGCUCCAGACCUGUUUGCUUCAGCUGCUUACAUUAAGGCAUGUUUUGCCAAGAUGCCACAGUCAGUGUUAAAGUGAACCACAGACCAUAGGUUAAGAAGGGCCUCUCCUUUCCUUUCCUGUCUAGUCUAUCUGCCAAACACAUGUGCUUCUGAGAAAAUCCUUUAUCAGCCUGUGUUCCAGCUAGUGUAACCUCCCCAGCUGGACACAGCUUACCCCUUUCUCCCUGAUCCUGUGUAGCAAAUGGCUCACUCCACACCCCCAGUCAGUCAGCACUUCCAUGGGGCACAGGCUAAAAACUGCAGCAGUCCCAGUGUCCCAAGCACAGGCAAAAAUGUCAAACCCAGGGCAACUUUUUGUCUUGAUGCUACAUCAUUUCAUGCAAAGAGCAGCACCACAAGGUGAAGACAACCGAGGAUGCUGUGGAUUUGGCUUCAAGGAGGAUCGUGUACAGAGAAGAGCUCAUAGGUAACUCAGUGGCAUGGAUGCAAGCUGGAGGGAGGGUUGUGUUAUGUUGACUGUGGGCAAAACAUUCUGGGGCCACCCUUGCAUAUUUUUUGCACUGGGACAUCUAUGUCAGAACAGGAACAUGUGCUGCAGAAGGUGUUAUCUAUAGGCAGCAUCAGUGUAGAGAAGCCCUUGACUCAGUCCUGAUGGCUUCAUCAACACCUCUGUAAAACAAGUUGGAGGGCAAAAGAACGAGGACUGUCCAGCAACAAACCCCACUAUCACUUCAAGAAUUAAACAUUGUCAGCAGCAAGCUCUCAGGGCUGUGGAGGUGGGGAAA